UUUCGUUCAUAUUUUCUAAAAUAAUCUUUUUGUCAUCUAGUCGGGGUUUUACAUUCUAUCUUGUCUAGAACUUUGGAUUUGUUGUUAUUAAAUGCAUACUUUUAUUAUUUUUGGUUGAUUGCAAACUUUCCAAUAUGUACUGAAUUAUUUCGGUUUUAGUUCCGUCAAAUUCUCAAGAUAUUAUGUACUGUUUAAAAAUGUAAUGGUGAUUUUUCAAAUAUUUGUUUGCCAUAAAAUAUGUUUUUUCAAAAAAUAUCGAAAUUUACAGAAUUCUCCUCUUCUCAUUCAAAUAUUGUUUAUUUAAAUAGCACGCGAAAAUUCUUUCUGUUUAUAGAAGCAUGUAUUAUGACCCGGAGGAGGAGUGGGUUGAGCGGGUUCUCUCUGUCAAGGAGAAGGAGGAGAACCAGGCCAGGGUUCAAUCUCAAGAAACAGCAUGGAUGAAAAAAUCUGACGGAACAUGGAAGAAGGUUCCUGGUAAUACAAAUCAAUCCUUCCCAGAUAUCCCCAGAACAACGUUUCCGACUGGGUCAAAACUAAAUAUAUCUGUUAACUCCCGAACUUUGUUUUCGGAGACAGUUAGACCACCAGAGCCGGUUCCAGCUCCCGACAUGUCCCGGAGUAUUCCUGUUCUAGUUUCUGGCUCCUCCUCGUCGAAACCUAGCUUUUCACCAAUUGUUGAAAAUAAAGACUAUCUGAACAGGACGGAACAAAGUUUACAGGAGAAAAGGGCUGAUUAUCUUGCCAAAUACAAAAUAAAACCGAAAUCAAACCUUGAAUCUCCUACUCAGGAUAAAUCUCAAUCUCCUGCAUUUCCAACCCUCUCACCCUUCCAACCUCCACCCCCUCUACCUGAUGUCUGGCAGUGCAGAAUCUGCAAGGUUAAGAUUCAAACUGAAACUCUUUUCCAAAUGCAUUUAACUACAACACACUUCAGAGAGAGAAUAAUACGGAGAAUAAAUCCUCCAUUUAAAUGUUUAAUGUGUGACUACAUCCCCCCGGAUAGUAUGACAAGCUCGGAGAAAACCGAGGAUUUGUUAAUGCACUACGGUACAACGGAGCGGAUAUCUGUUAAGUUCUACGAGGACGCUUGUCGAGAUUUAUUAAACUCUGAGGAGGAUUCUCAGACGGAGAGUGAACCAGAGAAAACAACAAUCCUUUGCCUUAUCUGCGAUAUGUCGCUUGCGGGAGAGAAAACUUUAUUAAAGCAUUUAACUUUAAGACAUUUUCCAAAAGUUUUGUGCGAUGAUCUUCCAAAGAAGUUUCCUUUCCGGUGUCCGUUUAUUGACUGUCAUCAAACCCGGCAGAAUCUUCAUGGGCUGAUGCUACACUAUGGAGUUGAUCAUAAUGUUUCUAUGGAACUCUAUCAAAAGCAUUUUAAGGUUAAAAAAGCUAGCCAGGUUGCAAGUAGUUCAGGGAACUCGGCUAGAGUUGAGUUGCCUAAAACUCCAAGAUUUGCUAAACUACAGGCUGUGGUGACUCCUUACCACCCGGAGUCAGAUGAGAAGAACUCGCAGUUUCGCGUGCCUACUCCUGAAACUGAGUUUUCUCCUGAACCAACCGGAUCCUCUAGACAUAGGUUUCGCAAAUCCUGGGGUUCAGAAAUGUUUUCCGACUCUCAAAGGAUUGAAGAGCUGGAGGAGAAACUACGUCAGCUUGAAGCUUCACACAGAGACAAGCUGAAAGAGAAACAAGAAGAAUUUGCGAGGUGGGUCACAAGUAAGGAAUCUAAACUUGAAGAGGAACAUAAGAAAAGUCAGGAUCUCCAAGCUCAACUCAAGGAGCGAGACCAGGUUGUAUCAGAUCUCCAGGCCCAGCUGGAGCUGGUUCAUGAUAACUUUUCCAGUGUUGAGGAAACACUGGCAAAGAAGAACAAGGAAUUGAUGGAUCUAACCCUUCUCAAGGAGCAGGCAGACCAGGAUAUACAGGAGAAAGAAACUGAAAGAAUAAAUAGUUAUGAAGAAUUGUACAAUAAGGAGAAGGAAGUGGAAGCAUUGCAGGAGAAACUGAAGGAGACGGAUGAAGAGUUAGAAUUGAUAAGAACUCAUCUAACAUCAGAGGAGGAGAAAAAUUCGAAACUUAAUGAAGAGUUAGAAACAGUUUCUUCUAAUCUUGUAAAAACUGAGAAAGAAUUGCAGAAGAAAAACAAGGAACUUGAGAAAAAAAUUAAGGAAAUUGAGAAGAAAAAUGAAGAGCUUAAGAGUUUAACUCCUGAAAAAUCAGGACUAAAGAUGAAGAUAAGUAAGGAUAAAGGUUCCUUACGAAGCACCAAAAUAUUCAUCAGUCCUGAGAUGCAAGCUCUUAUUGAUGAGAAAAAUUCUCUCAGUGAUAUCCUAGUCGCGGUUCAAACUUCAACAGAAACGGAAAUAACUCAGCUCAAGAAAACUGUGAAAGAGUUAAAGAAGCAAAAUGCUGAGAAUCUGAAAGCCAAAGAGUUGGAAAAGGAGAAGAAGGAGAUGUUGAAGAAGAUCAAGGUUCUGGAGUCCACCCUCUCCAACUGGGAGUCUAGGCAGUUUACCAAUGUCAAGCUUAUCUCCGGGUUGGAGAAAGAGAGAGAUACCCUCCAGCAAAAACUGAAAGAGAUGAAGGAUGGAAACCUGUCUCAUGAAGAUCAACUGUACUGGAAGGAUGUUGCAAUCAAGAACGGAGAGAAAGAGAUUAAAACCUUGAAAGCUGGAGAGGAAGAGAAAAUUAAGGAAAUCUCUGAAAUAAAGAAAGAAUUAUCUGAGACAAGAUCUGAUCUUGAAAUGAUGAGGAGUAAGGUUAGAGAUCUUGAAUCUAAAAACCCCUCGUCAACCAGUGACACUGUGAGCAAGGAGAGAUACCAGGAGUUGGAGAAUGACCUUAGAAACCGAAUUAACGAGAUCAAACAUCUGAAGAUAACUCUAAACCAGAAAGUUCUAGAAUACAGUAGAGUGAAGAGCACAGCUCUGGCACAGAAGGCUGAGAUGGAAAGAUUGAUUCUGGAGAAUGAGAGUCUGGAAAGUGAUUACAGCCAAGUUAUUACUAAUCUUGAAACCAUGAAGAAUGUUAGUAAGGAUCUAGAAAAGAAAAUGUCGAUCAAAAACCAAGAAAUCCGCGAACUAAAAGAUAAACUUAUUCAUUCCUUUGACAAGAGUAAGGUUAACAUGAUAAUGAAGGAACGCCAGCAGGCAAAGAACCAGAAGAACGAGGAAAACAGGGUCGAGAUGUUGAUGAUGAAUCAGGUACUUGCAGACAUGGAUACUGUCAUCAAACUCAGAGAAAACGGGGCAUCGCCAGAAAAAGAUUUCUGUAGUACUCUGAUUAAAAAUGAGCCCCUGCACUUUGAUGAACCUGAGAUGUGUACUGAUGAUACUAUUUACGAGGAAUCCUCAAUAGUUGAAGAAGGUUCCGAGCUCCAGGCUGAUACUGAACAAUCAUCUCACAGUAGUAGUACCAAACAUGUUUCUCCACAUCUUUCAUUCCCUUCUCUCAGUCGAAUCCUUCAGAGCUCAGAAUCAGAUAUUGUGAUAGCUAACACAUCCUCGGCCAUACUCCGGGAUCCUUUAUCCGACCUAGAUACAGAACCUUCUCCUCAACGUAUGUCUAAGAAGCGGAAGAAUGGCGCCAACUCUAAGAAAGCUAAGAAACCUAAAUCCUUGAGUAACCUGACCGAUGUAACUGAUCUGUACAAGGAUGAUAAUGAGGAGCAUGUAAUGUGUGGGAUCUGUAACUCCUGGGACCCCCCGGAGGACGAAGGAGAAAUAUCAACCACGGAAUGGGUUGGCUGUGAUUGUGACAGAUGGUUCCACAAGCAGUGUACACAAAUGAAGCGUAUCUCUACCAAGUUUAGUUGUAAAUCUGUCAAGAUGGACUGUCUUGUCAUCCCUAUCACCAGCUUUAUGCCUGAGGAGGAGAUUCACAUUUAAACACUAAAAUAUUCCCAUUUUUACCUCUUGUAAUUAUUUGUUCAAGAUCGUCGCAGAUUUUUAAGUUUUAAACAAUCUGGCAUAUUUUCGUUAAAAAUUAUUAAGUUUGAAAAUGAAGAAACAUGUAAAAACUCUCAACGCUGAAAUGUAUUGCUUUAGGACUGGAUAUUACCCAUAAUGCCAAACACUAAACUGCCCUUGCAGAGGCGUAUACAGGAUUUUGUCCACCCGUUAUACGCCUCUGUGUCCUUGAAAGAGCACUAUUGUUAAAUUCGAAUAUGUUAAUUGUCAACAAUAUAUUUGCGAUUUUCUCUCUGAAUACUUGAAGGAGAAGAAAACUGAAAUAUUUGAUUGUUCAAGGCCUAAAUUUGCAUUUACUUCGUAGAUUUUUAAAAAUGUUUUAUUACUUUAUGUUACCAUAUUACCAGGUCUAUUCUUAGUAUGAAUAGACCUGGUAAUUGAAUGAAUUAUUGUAUGACUUAUUCAUUUUGUUUUUUCAUAAAAUGGAUACAUGUACAACAGAUAAUGUACGAUGUACACUGUACAGUGUAUUAUCUAGCUUUAUUGAAUCCUAAGAUUAAGAUGGUAUUGUAAUGAUAAUACGAGUAAUAAUAAUAAUUAUAGUCAACCAUCAUCCCACAAAAAAAAUAGUGUUAAGCACAAACAUUUCUUCACGUCUUAUAUGUUAUUGAAUAUAUUGUUUUACAGUUUUUAUAAACAAUUUGUCUUAUAAAGCUCAAAAUUAUACUUUUGAAAUCUUAAAUUUUCCUUGUUUUUGUUAGAUAUGCGGACUAAAAUUGUACUAGACUGAAGUCGGAAACAUUUUUUUCUAGUUGAUUAAAUGUUCAUUUGUAUCCUGGUUGUAUUCUACAGUACAAUUUGUCCAGGGAGGGGGGCUUUAAAAAGUUUUUUUAUAAAGGUCCAAAAACCCUGAAAAGCCCCCCCCCCCCCUUGAAUAUGCCUCUGUCAGUACACACUCUUUUACUAUCUGUGAAAGCUAAAAGUUCUUAGAAAUAAACGUUUUAGUUUC